AUGUGUGGGAAAGUGCAGGUUUUGGAACACUGGAGUGCAAGCGAUGUAUCUCUAAGUGGUGAAUUUCCACGGUCAAAGGUUGCCUUAAUGAUUAACAAGAAACCGUUGAUAGUCAGGGAUCAUCACGCUUGCGUUGCGCUUCGUAUUCUUUCAUAUCCAGGCUUAUCGUUAAAAACUAUUAAGAUGCCAGAAGACAGCCCAAUAUCGAUGGACCUACUUCAUGGUGAACUUGCUAAAACAAUAGGUGGUAGUUUUGUUGAUUUACGAGUCGCAUUACUUACUUUACCUGAUGCGUGGGACCGCAACUUAGUUGCACGGAUGCAGUGUUUGUUAAAGUGGAGUCACAGCUGGAAGCGCUGCCCUCGUUGUGCGUCUCCUUUACGGAUGCGCGUUUCUAAAACUGCAGCGGUUUGUACAUCUUGCAAGGAACUGUAUUACCCACCGCUUUACCCUGUGGCGUCUUGCCUGGUUAAAAAUCCGGAAGGUACGAAGGCUCUAUUAGUUCGCCACAAAAGUAGUCUGAAAAGUGUUUUUACUGUCAUAUCAGGCUUUGCCCAGAUUGGUGAGUCCUUCGCUGAAACUGUACGAAGGGAAGUGGCUGAAGAGGUUGGAGUAGAGUGCAAAGAUAUUAAUGCGAUAAAUGUGUCAUCUUCGUGGCCCAUCCCUGAAGGUUCUCUGUUGUGUGCUUUUGAAGCUUCAGCUGAUUCAUCUCAAAAGUUAACUGUGAAUAUGGAUGAAUUAGAAGCUGCAGAGUGGUUUACCAAAGAUGAGGUAAGGCAAGCUUUUGAGAAUACAAGGCUGGACCCGCAAUUACGCCGGCUUGUCAAGGUGAAUAACGCUUCAAACUUCAGUUACAUACCUCCGUUAGGGUCCAUCGCAUAUCAGUUGAUUGAGCGUUGGUUAAAUUUGUAA